AUGGAGUGGCGGGCACCGCCCGUCUGCCAAACUGGCCUUGGAAACCGGUCUUCCCGCUGCCUCCUCCGCCCUUUGGGUCCUCAGAAGCAGGUGCCCCAGCCCAGCUGCUUGAGACCUUACUGGCACUACGGCUCCUGCUCCUGGGAACUCGCUCCUGGGGGCCGCUGCCUAAACUGCAACAGCUCUUGCUUCAUUGCAGCUACUUGGAGGGUGGAGCCUGUGGGCUUCAAUGCUGAUGAGGCUCACAAUAUCGUCAAAGAGUGCGUGGAUGGGGUCUUAGGAGGUGAGGACUAUAAUCAGAACAAUAUCAACCAGUGGACUGCAAGCAUAGUGGAGCAGUCGCUCACACAUUUGGUUAAGCUGGGGAAAGCUUACAAAUACAUUGUGACCUGUGCAGUGGUCCAGCGGAGUGCAUAUGGCUUUCACACAGCCAGCUCAUGUUUUUGGGAUACCACAUCUGAUGGAACCUGUACUGUAAGAUGGGAGAACCGAACCAUGAACUGCAUUGUCAAUGUUUUUGCUAUUGCAAUUGUCCUGUGACCAUCUAAAAAUAUUGGGCUAAAGCCAUUAACUUAAGAAUUUGUCAGUGUAUUCUUUCCAAAAAGAGUAAUACUUAUUACUAUGUUAGAUGACAAGUGUGCAAUAUGUUUCAAAGCUAUUAACUAAACCUAUUAUAAGCAGGUAAUCUCAUUGUGUGUUAGAUUACCUCAUAAUCUAUACAGCAUCAUUAAAUUAGGAAAAAUUUGAAUAUUAGCAAAAACUAAAUGGAGAAUAUGGCAUGACAUAAAAAUAUAAUAUAUUUAUACCAGCUUUUCACUAUUAUAUACCUAAGGAAAUGGUAAAAUCCAUUCAGAAAAUAAAGCUAUCUUUCAGCUAGAGAAUUUUCCAGGGAUAAAUGUUUGACUAAAAAAGCUACAUGGAAAAAUGUGGACAAAUGACAAGAAUUAGCUAACACCUCUUAGAUUUUUGUUUUAUUUCUUUUCCUUCCUUAGCUGUGUAUAAUAACUAAUAACUAUAACUAAUGCUAUAGUAGGAAUUAUGAUUAACCUGUUCACUUUUUCUGAGAACUGGUAAAUGCAUUUUUUAAUUAAUUUUUUUUGGAUUUAUACUUGAGGUUAUAUUAAAUCUGAUAACCAGAAAUUCCUGAUUAAGCAAAAUCAUUUAUACCAUGUGAUGGACAGUACAUGAUUCAGAUAACUGCCUUACAAUCCACUCAUCCAUGUGGAACAAACAUGGAAUGCCUGUGUGAACAUGUUUCUCUGUUAGGCAUUACAGUUAUCAACUUGUUGUUCAAAUACAAGUUCCUUUUGGCAGCUGUUCAGUUGGAAAAACUAGCAUUUAUGUUUGGGGAAGGAAAAAAAUGAGAUUGUUUAGAAGAGUCUGGCUGUCCACAUAGAAGUCAGCAAAAUGAAAAGCACUUAUUGGUCACAGAAUUGUAAAAGUAAUUUUAAGAGUUGUACCUAGCAAGUUUAAAAUGCAUAAAAUAUGCAACUCUUAAAGGCCUUACUAGUAGUCUUAAAUAUACAAGUAGUAAAUUUUAUCAUUGUUUUGGUUAUAACCAUUUGUAAAUAAUUUUAAAAAACUUAUAGGGGCUGUAAACUGAAUGGAGUAAAGUCUAAAUUAUAAAUAUACAAUCAUUAGCAAGCUAUCUAAUAUCUCAGGGCUAAAGAACUAUAGUUAAAUUUAUUAAGAUAAUAAAAGAUAAAAAUUAGGGUACACAGCUGGCUACCAAAUGCAAAGUCAAUCUGCUAUUUAACCUUGAAAACAAAAUCAAUCAUGCAUAUUACCAUUGACAAUAUAGUAGAGACUGGAAUCAUGACUCAUUCAAAUUUUGGAGAAAAGAAAAGCUUAGUAUUAGUCUUAAAAUAUUAGGGCAGUAUUCUUGUAGGAAUGCUACGUGUGUGCUUGUAAGUAACAACAACUUUAAGAAAAGAUUAAGAAAAUAAAAGGACAGAGUUUAAUACAGUGCUCUGUGUUUUGAGUACAUCAACAAUGUUCAGUCAUUACCUUUAUGUUACCAUAUGCUGCUGGCUUUUGUGCCCCUGGAGAUUAUAAUAGUAACCAAAAUAUCUGUGCAGUUAAGACUUGUUAUUUUUAUUAUUGUUGAAGCCUGGUUUCCAAAAAUCAAAUUAUACCUCGUGAGUUUGCUGUCUGCUCUGUUUCUAGUUCAAACCUAAUAAAAGUUAUC